AUGGAUAUUGAAAUGAUUGGUGCUGAAGGACCUCCUGAUGCUAAUGGGCAGAGACAUGGCGCACUUCGAGCGACGCCUACAUCAACUAUUGUCAAUCCCUUUUACAAUAAUGGUAUGGAUGAUGAGGAUGUAUCUGAUGAUGAUCUUCCGGAUGGUGAGACAGAAGAAGAUAAGAGUCAGUGCCCUACCAAUUUGUUGACUAAGGAGGAAAAGCGACGGCUACGCAAACCUUGGGAGAAUACCCUAAUUAUCAAGCUCUUUGAUAGAAAAUUGGGGUAUGAGGUCUUGGUUAGGAGAUUGAGAUCAAAAUGGAGCUUGAAGGGGGAUAUUGCUCUAAUAGAUGUGGGCUGUUCAUAUUAUAUUGUCAGAUUUAAUAAUAUGGCAGAUUAUGAUUUUGUGAUGACUCAAGGACCAAGGAUUAUUGGAGAUAGUUAUUUAAAUAUUCGAAAAUGGAUUGGCUCGAAAAUUGGUAAAGUUAUCCGCAUCGAUAAGCAUACAGAGUUAAAGAGCAAAGGUCAAUUUGUUCGUUUCAGCAUUGAGGUGGAUUUAACUAAGCCCCUUCUGACAAAAUUCAGAUUGAAUGGGAGAAUUUGGAAAAUUCAGUACGAGGGAUUGAGACUUAUUUGUUUCAAGUGUGGAAAGCUAGGACAUAAGGAGGAUCAAUGUGGAAAUUUUGCUAAUGAAGAAGUAGGACAUCAAGGGAAUUCAGAUGCUAACUCAGGAGUGCAUGUUAACAAAAAUCAUGGUAAAGAGAAGCAUCCAAAAAUCCAUGAAUCAUAUGGAGCUUGGAUGAUUGUACAGAGGUCUACAAGAAAAUCGAGCCAAAGUAAUGGAAAAGGACCUGCUUUAAAGCAUAAUGCCCCAUGUAGGGAAUAG